AGUCUAGAACCACCACUUGGGGGCAUUUCGAUCCUAACCUUGUGCAUCUCAGCGGAGUCAAAGUAACAUUUAGAAUUUGAAUUACUUGCUUUGUUUCAAGAAGCGGCUGCAUUGACCAAGUGGACUCAUUUAACAAGCAUUUGAGGAGAUCACACACCACGUAUCGAUUUUCAUAGUUGGAACCAACUACAACUCUGUUCCAUCUCAUUAACAACCUAAAUCGGUAUAAUCAGUUUAUGAAAAUGAUGAACUCCAAAAACAGAUGGAGGGUGUACAAGAGGGUAUUUGUGAUGUUCUUCCUAGCUGGGGUGACACUCACAGUGGUCCAGAGAGGGAGCGUUGGCUCUGGGGCUCCCUUUCAAAUAGAGAGGCAGACUCGCAUGGAGGCCUCCAGUGGAGAAGAAGGAGUUCUGCAGCGAAAACAGGGCUUCAACUUCUGGAGGACUAACAAAUCUCAGCCUAAGCCUCAAGCCCACACCACCACAAGGGAACCCAACACAAUCCAGGACCAUAGUACCAGAACCUGGGAUGUGUUCAGUGCCAACUGCAGCGCCAACCUCAACUUCUCAAACCAGGAGUGGUUCACGGGCCUCGAAGACAACUUCAAGCAGUUCAUGUUAUACCGACACUGCCGCUUCUUCCCCAUACUUAUCAACCACCCGGAGAAGUGUGCCGGGGGAGAGACCUUCAUCCUCAUGGUCAUUAAGUCAAUUGCCACCCAGCAUGACCGCCGUGAGGUCAUCCGAAAGACGUGGGGCAAGGAGCGAACUGUAGACGGUAAGCGCGUGAAGACACUCUUCCUCCUGGGAACUCCCUCCAACGAGGUGGAGAAGGCAAACCACCAGAAGCUGGUGGAGUACGAGGACUACAUAUACGGAGACAUCCUCCAGUGGGACUUCAUGGACAGCUUUUUCAACCUGACUCUCAAGGAGACCCACUUCCUCAAGUGGUUCAACACCUACUGCCCCAACGUGCGCUACAUCUUCAAGGGGGACGACGACGUCUUUGUCAGCAUGGAAAACAUUUUGGAGUUCCUGGAGAGCAGCGGCGAUGUCAAGAACUUGUUUGUAGGAGACGUGCUCUUCAAGGCCAAGCCCAUUCGCAAAAAGGAUAACAAGUACUACAUCCCACAGGCACUGUACAACAAGACCCACUACCCUCCAUACGCUGGCGGAGGGGGCUUCCUUAUGGACGGCCCACUAGCCAGGAGGCUCUACUGGGCUUCCGAUACACUGGAGCUGUACCCCAUUGACGACGUGUAUCUGGGCAUGUGUCUGGAGGUGUUGCAGGUCACCCCUAUCAAACACAACGCUUUUAAGACAUUCGGCCUGGUGAAGAACAAGAACAGCAAGCUAAACAGGGAGCCCUGCUUCUUCAAGAGCAUGAUCGUAGUGCACAAACUGCUCCCACCCGACCUUAUGAACAUGUGGAAACUGGUAAACAGUGAACUGGUGUGCUCACAGAAAGUGGAGAUCUUAUAGCUAGGAUCGUUAGCUGGAAGAGGAAAUAGGAGAACUUGAGCUAUGUGCUUGCGGUUGAUGGAGCAGAGUGCAUGUGUCAGGGCUGCCGAAGAGGUAAACUAAAAAGUGAAGUUCUCCUUUUUUCGGAGAAGGACAAGGACUAUAUGUGUAAAUGGUAUUUAUGGACUGCAUCGCUUGCGUAUGAUGAAGGAAUUACCUGGAUUUCUUAGGGUGAUGCUUUAGAAUGAUUCAUAUUCUUUUGGCAUUUUGAAGGAUUCUCACUGUUAGCAGGUAAAUUCAGUGACAGCAGCCAAAGGGAAUGGGGACUAGCAGUAACGGCUGCACAAAGGACAGCCAAUUUCUCCACAUUGCCAGAAAUCCUUUGACUGCAUUAUUGCACACUUUGAUUUGGACCAAGCCUUACAAUGCCUCUGUAGUUAGGAGUGUAAUAUGUCUGUUAACGAUAGGGUGAAAGAACAAUUCCUCUACCUCACCAUAGUCCAAAAUGGGUAGACAUUCUGAUGAUUUCUUCAACUCUCUUUUUUGAUAAAGACAUUAGUGACUUAUAAGUGUUGUUUAAUAUUAUUGUUAUUAUUAUUUCAAUUUCACAUACACUUUUUAGAGAACUCCAUUGCCUUGGGGAUCCUGCACUUAAUUGAGGCUGUACAUAUUAGAACAAGAUUUGAUCUGGACUUCUGAUAUCUGAUGUGUGUACUACCAGUGUACUACUGGCAACUAAAACAAUUUCUUAACUCAGUCAUAUCUGUGUGUCCAUAGAUUUGAAUGUGCUGAUAUACUUGACAUGAAAUGGUAGCGGGGUUUACAUUGAAACUGUGAAAUAAAUAAACUACUGCUGGUACUUGUAGAAGAUGUGUUGAUUUAGAAAAGGGUGUCGAUAUUUAAGUUAUGUGGAUUUAUUUGGAAUUAAUUGUGAAUGUGCAACAAUUAUACUGCUGAAUGUUGAGGGGUGUAGAGGGUCGUAGAUUUUUAUUUUGUAGUGUUUUAUUAUUAUUAUCAUUAUUAUUAUUAUGUAUAAAUGUAAAAAUCAAGAUGCAAACAGAAUCAUAUUUGUAAAUAAAUAUCUAAAAUCCUC